CCGACAGCUGCGUAAUGCAUAUUAACGUUGUCGGUUUGAAUUAUAUUACGAUCGGCGCGCGAUAAGACACUUUCGACGCGACCCAGCCGCGAGCUGUCACUUUUUGACAGUUGUUGACAUUUAUUAUUUUUCAAGAAAAAAAGUCAAUGUUCUCGCUUUGUCGAAACGUUCGCUUGAAGAGGAACAGAGAGAGCAAUAGGGAGAAUUUAGAAGGGAAUCGGUGGAAGGGGGUCUCGCUCUCCCUUCUCCGAUGAGAAAUGGAGAGGAGAGCGAAUGAGACCCUCGUCCCCUAGGGGGAAGGGAAGGGGGAAGGUUGUACGCCGGCGAGCAAAUCGUGUAUGUCAGACUUUUGUGGCAGAGGGGUCAGCGCGAGGGAAAGAACGACACGAAACCGAACGUUUUCUGGGCUUAGCGGGAACGUGAGACACGCAUACAAGCGAGAGGAUGAACGACAUGGAAGCCUACGGGGACGGAUAUAUGGCACCGGAGGAGGAAUGGGAGAGGGAGGGUCUCUUAGACCCCGCCUGGGAGAAACAGCAGAAAAAGACAUUCACAGCUUGGUGCAAUUCGCAUCUACGCAAAGCAGGCACUGCCAUCGAAUCGAUCGAAGACGAUUUCAGGAAUGGGUUGAAACUGAUGUUGCUGCUUGAGGUGAUCUCAGGCGAGACCCUUCCGAGACCCGACAGAGGCAAAAUGAGGUUCCACAAGAUCGCCAAUGUGAACAAGGCCCUCGAUUAUAUCGCCAGCAAGGGCGUCAAGCUGGUUUCAAUUGGCGCAGAAGAAAUUGUUGACGGCAACUUGAAAAUGACUCUGGGAAUGAUAUGGACCAUUAUCCUGAGAUUCGCGAUCCAAGAUAUCUCCGUGGAAGAAAUGACCGCGAAAGAGGGUCUGUUGCUCUGGUGCCAGCGCAAGACGGCUCCGUACAAGAACGUCAACGUUCAAAACUUCCACCUGUCCUUCAAGGACGGCCUCGCGUUCUGCGCCCUCAUCCAUCGUCAUCGACCCGACUUGAUCGAUUACAACAAACUCAGCAAGGAUAAUCCGCUGGAGAACCUAAACACUGCCUUUGAUGUCGCUGAAAAGUACCUCGACAUUCCUCGCAUGUUAGAUCCCGAUGAUUUGAUCAACACUCCCAAGCCGGAUGAGCGAGCUAUUAUGACGUAUGUGUCCUGCUACUACCACGCGUUCCAAGGUGCCCAGCAGGUCAAUAUGCGAAAUACAGCAAUGCCUGAUGAGAGGGCCGUGAUGACCUAUGUUUCGUCAUACUACCACUGUUUUAGCGGUGCUCAAAAGGCAGAGACGGCGGCUAACAGAAUCUGCAAAGUACUGAAGGUAAAUCAAGAGAACGAACGUCUUAUGGAAGAAUAUGAGCGCUUGGCUUCCGAUCUGCUGGAAUGGAUACGACGAACGAUGCCGUGGCUCGCGAAUCGGCAGACCGACAAUUCCCUGGCCGGCUGUCAGAAGAAAUUGGAGGAGUACAGAACGUAUCGACGCAAGCACAAGCCGCCGCGCGUCGAACAGAAAGCUAAACUGGAAACGAAUUUCAAUACUUUGCAGACGAAACUGAGAUUGAGCAAUAGACCAGCGUACAUGCCUACGGAAGGGAAAAUGGUGUCCGACAUAAAUAAAGCGUGGAGAGGCCUGGAGUUAGCCGAGAAAACGUUUGAAGAUUGGUUGUUGUCCGAGAUGAUGCGUCUGGAGCGACUGGAACAUCUGGCGCAGAAAUUCAAGCACAAGGCAGACGCUCACGAAGACUGGACCGCCGGUAAAGAGGAGAUGCUCACGUCUCAACACUUCCGGCAGUGCAAAUUGAACGAGCUCAAGGCUCUGAAGAAGAAGCACGAGGCCUUCGAGUCGGACCUCGCGGCGCAUCAAGAUCGCGUGGAGCAAAUCGCAGCUAUAGCUCAAGAGCUCAACACUCUCGAGUAUCACGACAGCGCGUCCGUGAACGCCAGGUGCCAACGUAUUUGCGAUCAAUGGGAUCGGUUGGGUACGCUCACUCAACGUAGGCGUCAAGCUCUCGAUGAAGCGGAGAAAAUCCUAGAGAAGAUAGACGUCUUGCAUUUGGAGUUUGCCAAACGCGCUGCUCCGUUUAAUAAUUGGUUGGAUGGAACCAGAGAAGAUCUAGUGGACAUGUUUAUCGUCCACACGAUGGAAGAGAUCCAAGGCUUAAUGGACGCGCACGCCGCGUUCAAGGCCACCCUCGGCGAAGCGGACAAGGAAUACAACUCGAUUGUGGGAUUAGUGCGCGAAGUUGAAUCCAUAGUUAAGCAAUAUCAGAUCCCUGGCGGCCUAGAAAAUCCUUACACCGCUCUUACUGCAUUGGAUCUUACCAAGAAAUGGAGCGACGUUAGACAAUUAGUUCCUCAACGCGAUGGUACUCUAGCCGCUGAACUUCGCAAACAACAAAAUAAUGAAUUACUUAGACGACAAUUUGCCGAGAAAGCCAAUGUGGUCGGACCAUGGAUAGAACGUCAACUGGAUGCCGUGACUGCGAUUGGCCUCGGUCUUCAGGGAACUCUGGAGGAUCAAUUACAUCGUCUGAAAGAAUACGAACAGGCAGUGUAUCAAUACAAGGCCCAUCUUGAGGAAUUAGAGAAAAUCCACCAAGCAGUUCAGGAGGGCAUGAUCUUCGAAAAUCGUUAUACUCAGUACACCAUGGAGACGCUGCGUGUCGGUUGGGAACAGCUUUUGACCUCGAUCAAUCGUAACAUUAACGAGGUUGAGAAUCAAAUUCUCACCAGAGAUUCGAAGGGCAUCACUCAGGAACAACUGAAUGAAUUCCGCAGCAGUUUCAAUCACUUCGACAAGAAUAGGACAGGUAGAUUGGCACCGGACGAAUUUAAAUCCUGCCUCGUGUCUCUGGGAUACUCCAUCGGAAAGGACAGGCAGGGUGACAUCGACUUCCAACGUAUUCUGGCCAUCGUUGACCCCAACAAUUCGGGCUACGUUCACUUCGACGCCUUCCUCGAUUUCAUGACGCGCGAGUCCACCGACACCGACACGGCGGAGCAAGUCAUCGACAGCUUCCGCAUUCUUGCUGGCGACAAGCCUUACAUUUUGCCGGACGAACUGAGGAGGGAAUUGCCGCCGGAUCAGGCGGAAUAUUGCAUCCAGCGAAUGCCUCCGUACAAAGGACCGAGCGCCGUUCCUGGAGCACUCGAUUAUCGCUCCUUCUCGACGGCCUUAUACGGCGAAUCUGAUCUGUAGAUAAACGAUAAUGAUAUCAAAAAUGAAAAAAAAGGAUCGAGUGUACACGUCAGCCGACAGGCUGAAGAAUGCCUAAAGAUUUCUUCUAUUGUUUUAGUAUUCUAACGCAUCAACGUAUUUUUCAUGUGGCGUUUUACGAAAGUGAAGCUCAAUACAGGGAGCUCGCAGUACAAUACAUACGCGAUAUCAGUCAUUAUACGCUAAAUAUUAAUAACUGUGUACGUAUACGCGCGCAUAUACAUAUUAGAGGCUGUUGAAAUAUCGGGGGGCUAAGAAAGAAUAAGCGAUGUCGUUUUAACGCAAAGGGAUCUAAGUGUGUCGUACGGAGAAAAGUAAAUAUUAACUUUUCCAGCAAAAUAUCUUUCGCACACGCAUAAAAAUUACAUAUCAAAUAUACGUAGGAAAAAAAAGAGAUUACGUACUUACAUAAGUCUUAUUGCGACAAUAAUGAAUAUGGUAUAUUUGGAUACCUUUCGUUAAAAGGAUAGAAACUCUCUAAUACGUAAACUGAUAACACGAAGUUCGAAAUUGAUAUACUCUUCUAAACAUUUUGCUACAUAUUUAUUCUUCUAUUCUUUUAUGUAGCCUAUACUGAACUAUACUGAAAUGACACAACAUGAAUUUUGUUCUUUUUUUUUCUCUUUCGGGAAAGCAAGUGCCAAUUGAUAGGUAAGAUUUUGUAUGAUUCCUCUCUUUGCGAACGUCCCGAAAAGGAAUUGAAUAUCAAGCUGUUGAAGCUUGAGACAUGGCGAAAGGGAAAGCUCACAUAUUUAUAUAUGUGCAGCAAUGUGAGUGCAUUGAUACUAGAGGCUCUCCAAAUUAUUAUUAUUACUAGUAAUACUACUAGUACUAUUUCCUCUAUGUGUAUCGGAAUAUAUUUAUUCGAAAAUUCUAUAUUCUACAUUUUUUUGUAUAAUUAUAUAGUGGAAGAUAUAUAUAAAUAUAUAUAUAUAUAUUUUUAGACUUGCGAUUUUGCCAUUGUAGUGUAACACGAAUUUAAUGUUUUUGAAUUGGAUUUAUCUGACGACAGGAUCCAUUAUAUAUCUUUAUUACAAUCGUAUUGUAUCGUAUCGUAUUUAUCGAUAAAAAUGGUCAAAUUCUACGUCGCCUAUCGCGGAUGCACAUAUUAAUGAAGCGUUGACAUUCGAUUCACGCCAUAGAUCAAUGUUCGCACAAAAUAUACGAAGAGAACGACGAGACAUUAAAACUCGUAAGAGUAAUAAUAACGAACUUUGCGAGCCUUAACGACAUAAAUCGACCUUCUCGCCAAGUAUCCCAAAAAAAAUGUACGCUCGAAAUCG